AAGAGGGAACAUCCACCAUGCAAUAAACCAAAUGCCUGGAGAACCAGGAAGAAUAACUCAGAUGAGCAGAUUCACAGUCCUGAAGGGUAAGAGUGAAUGGGGACCUGACUCAGCAAAACCAGAUAUGAAUGUGCUGAGUUUCCUGGAAGUUGUCAGGUUCGAGAAGAGUUCUCCAGAGAGUUUUCCAGGCUCAGGAAAUACACUGAAUUACACGAUCUAGGAAGAACGCCGGCCCCAACUUUGCCAUCUAGUGGAAACCUUUUGGCCUUAAAAAUGGAACCUGAACAUUGUGGAAUAGCCACAGGGUGGCAGUCGGACAUCAGAAGGGGAGGAGGACAUCUCAGAGGAUCAGAAGGAUAGGAUCAGAUCAUGAAAGAGACCUGGCAAGGGCAUAGAGUGACACAACAAAGGGGAAUGGCUUCAAACUGAAAGAAGAGAGGUGUAGGUGGGUAGUGGGAAGGAAUUCUUCCAUGUGAGGGUGGUGAGGCCCCAGCACAGGUUGCCCAGGGAAGCUGUGGCUGUCCCUGGAUCCCUGGAAGCGUCCGAGGCUGGGUUGGACUGUACUUGGAGCAGCCUGGGAUAGUGGAAGGUGUCCCUGCUCAUGGCAGGGAGAAGAGGAUAUUGUUCCUGAAGAUGUCAGAGGCUCAUAAGGCUUUGAAGAUUAUCCAGUUAAGUGGAAUGUCAUUGGACAAAGAGGUGGCUCCAAGCUGGAAUAAAUCACUUUUUCCAAAUCAGGGAGGAGCAUCUUCAGCAAUGGAGCAUCAGGAAUUAUAAUAAUGUCAGGGUGAUGUUCAUAGUAAAGGGUGAUGGGGCAACUGAAAGAGGAAAAUGCUGUAGUUUUCCCCUUGCCAACACCCACCCAUCUGGACUUGUUAAUGGUGUGGAUUUGCAGUCCUUGCCCAAUUUGUGGAUGUGUUUGCAUCCAUUUUAUCCCAAAUUCCUGAAGAGAGGAAUGGUUUUCUUUGUGGAAUUUUCCCCACAUUUAGAAAAGUAGGGGAAAUCAAGCUGAUUGUAGAUCCCACAGGAUGGAUGAUGAACAGCAGCCAAGUUGCUCGUAAACGGGAGGAUUUGCUGCUUCCCAAGGUUCUUUUACAAGGAUUAUAAAGAGAUUACCUAACAGGUCAGGUGUAGAGGACAAGUGCAGUAAUGCAACACUGCUCAUGGGUGGGAAAGGAAGGGCAUUACACUGGAAGAGAUUUUUCUGGGAUUUGCAUCUCCUGCAGGGACUGGUAUUAAAUGUUCAGAAGAUGGGGAGGAAUUUCCACCAAGAAUAGUUUUGAAACAGCAACAAGUAUUGAUACACCCAUGACAGCUUAUAUGAAAUGCUGGUUAUGAUGGUGCCCCUUAGGCAAAAUUUCCAAAGGUCUGAUUGAUCCACAGUAAUCUCCCUUGGCUUUGCUCCCAAGAAUCACCCUGGCUUUUUGAUUUUUGCAGCUCAUCAUUUAGGCUCUUGCCAGUCUGGUGAUUUUUUUUUGGUGAGAGAAUAAAACUGUCAGCAUCCCCUGAGCCAAAUAAAAGAAGAGGCAGUGACCUGAUCAUAAAAUGAGAAGUUCUAGAGCAGAGAAUACUUCAAUCUGUCAGUAAUAGUGAAAUAUUCAGCAGCUGAAGUGUGAAUCAAUACCAGUUCAAGAUACAGUGUAAGCGCAAAUUCUUAGUACCAAGGUUAAUUAGUCCAAUUAGCAGGAGCAGUGAUAGAUUGUCCUCUAAGGGUGAUAUAAAAAUUCAAGAACAACUCGAUUUUAUGGGUGGUAAUUCCUUGUAUAAUGUUUGCUUUGACUCAGGAAGAGAUCAGGGCAGGCCUGUGGGCAGUAUUAUCCUAAUGAGGUCACCUCCUGCAUAAUAGACCUUUUCAGAUGAGCACUAACCCAUCAUUUAGCUGCAGACCAAGAUAGAAUGAUAACUUCUUCUGGCAAGAAGGGGUGCCAAUGUUCUAACAAGUGAGCCUGAAUUCCUUUCCAGGAUCAUCUCCCAGUUGGUUAGGAAAAAGAAACAAGGUGAGGUAAGAAAUGCUGGGUGUUGCCCAAGUAAAAUAAAAGGUGAGCGGAGAUUGCAAUGAGCUCAGGUUUUGACAUUUUCUUUGUUUUGUUCCCUCUUCUCCCCUCAUCCAUAGAGGAAGAUCAGAAACAUGUGAGACUAGAAAGCCACAGGUAUUUCUGUCUUCAGCAAAUAUUCCAAAGUUGGCAAAAUAAAGGAGUAAGUAUAAAAUUAUGAGACUUAGAUCCCUAGCAAAGAGGGGAGAAACAAACUCAGGAGGGCAUUUUUGAGGGAUGAGGGACAACCUGUGAGGCAGAUUGGGAAUAGAAAGAAUAGUGAAAAGGUCAUGGAAUUACAAGUAGGAGUUGCUACUUGUAGUAACUCCAGCAAUCUGGUAAUUGCUAAAGUGUCAAAGGAAAAUUAAAUUUUGCAAAAGAAGUAACAAAAUAUGCAAACUAUGAGUGGUGCCCUUGCGGGCAGGGUAGGAUGUAGAAGUUUAAGGAUGAGGGACAUCUCUGAGGCAAAAUAUUUACGUUGCCCUAAGAAUAUACCCCAAAGUAUGUGGCUGAGGAAGGACAGAGGCAAAAGGUGAAGGCCAGGGAAGGAAUUAUGGCCAAAUAUUGGCUGUGCCACGUUUAUUGCAGAGGCUGGAAGGCGGCCCAAGGCCCACAGGAAGGCCAGACAGAGGAAGGUGCUCUGAGUCUAGGCCAUGGAAACACCGUGGGUGUUUUAAUCCUGACUUAGGCCACUUUGUUCCUAAUUAAGGUUGCAAAACCAAGUCUUAAACUUUCGAGCACCUUUUGUGGAGUUUCUCUUCUGUGGAUGCCCAGUUUCAGGCAGCCACAGCAUUCAGCAGUUUGUGAGCAGUGGGUACCCUGCCCUGGGCACAGAAAAUGCAACAAAAAUGCUGCUUGGUCUGAAAAAAAGCCAACGCCAAACAUGCAACAGUGAGAAAACAAAAUGGGUUUGUUACAGGCAUUUAACAAUUUUGACUUGGAUCAUGUUAUGUCUUGUGUGUACCAAUAUAGAGCACUUGGGAGAGGAUAAUUACAGAAUUUGUAACUUUAGAUCAGCUUAAUUUAGAUCUUAAAGCCACAAAAGAGCCCCUGGGAUUCUGACUUUCAUGAAGCUGAAGGGUGCAAAGGGUUUAUUACAUAAGAAUUGCAAAAAAAAAAUUAUAUAAUAUGUGUUCUAAUGCAAUUUAUUGUUCUGUGGGGAGAUUCAGAUGAGAAGGUUCACAGGGCUUAUUACAGAGCCUAAUUUUAGCCCUCAUUCUAAUUAACAUCUCGGGGUUUUAUUGUUUACUCAUAAAAUGCAACCAAAAGCUGGGAGGGAAGGUGUGGCUUUCCCAGGUAUUUUUUUUUCCUCUUUUGCAAAGGGUGUGAAGAUGGUUUUCACAGGGAAAAAAACCCUAUUGAUAUCUGGACUAAGGAAUGAAACAAAAUUAAUAAAAAUUUUAAAUAUCUGAGCAAAUGAAACCCCUCAAGGCAGGGUCUCCAUUACAAACUUGACUCUGUCUAUGAAAAAACCCCUUGGUUUUGCUUUAGGUUUCUCUUUCCAUUUCAUGGGACAUGGUAUUCCUGGUAAGUAGCUCCAUCUGAGAUGCAGGGUGGUAUUUCAUCAACCCAGAAUAUACUAAAAAAGGGAAAACCUGGUCCUUUUCUUCUCCUGACUGACAUGGUGCCUUAUAAUGCUUUUAUUAAAAGCAGAAAAUUACUGGAUUCUUUUUCCUUUCCAAAACAAAAUUUUACCAACUGCAAAAGUUUUUUAUCACUUGAAAAGAUUGCAAAGAUCUUUCUGAAUGCAUCCUUUUCCUAGAUUAUGGAUUCCCCAUUAAAUUUUGUGCUGAAGAUAAAAUAAUUAUUUUUAUUUCCUGGCUGUGUUUGGGAAGAGGCACAUCAUGGUCACAAAAGAGGAGCCUUGAAGGAGAGUCCAUGAAAUCCAGCAAGAAAAGCAGACUCUGUGCACAGGAAUGUGUGUGCUGACUGUGGAUGGAUGCAGGGAUUUGAUCCUGACCAGACCUGUGCAGAAUAUUUGGGUUGUGUUCAUCCCUGCUGAUUUUCAGAGCCAAAAUCAGCAAAACCAGACUGUUCAAAAUGAGGAUUUUGUUCUAUCUGCUCUUUCUGGAAGAAAAAAGGGAUGCUUUUGUGGCAUUCCACAAUGACAAGUCCCUGGUGAGGAAGUACCUGAAAUCUCUGCUGAUUGGGGAGCUGGCACCAGAUCAACCCAGCUUUGAGUCUAAUAAAAAGAAAUCCCUCUUGGAGGAUUUUCGUGAGCUGCGCUGCACCAUUGAGAAGAUGGGACUUCUGAGGCCCAAUUACUUCUUCUUCUUCCUGGUUUUCCUUCACCUCCUGGUGCUGGAUGCUGCAUCCUGGCUCGUGCUCUGGUACUUUGGCGUAUCCCUGGUGCCUUUCCUGGCUGGCAUGGCAUUCUUCACCACUGCCCAGAUCCAGAUGGGCUGGUUCCAGCACGAUCUGGGGCACUGCUCUGUCUUCAGGAAACCCAGGUGGAAUCAUCUCCUGCAGAUCGUGGUGAUAAACAUGCUGAAGGGGCUGCCUGCCAGCUGGUGGAACCACCUGCACAACCAGCACCACGCCAAGCCCAACUGCUUCCGCAAGGACCCCGACCUCAACAUGCACCCUCUGCUCUUCAGCCUGGGAAAGACCCUCUCCAUGGAGCUUGGAAAGCAGAAGAAGAAGUUCAUGCCUUACAAUUACCAGCACAAGUAUUUCAUCUUGCUGGCCCCACUCGCCAUCAUACCCUUCUUCCAGCUGUCAACAAUUUACUUUGCAAUCAAGAGGAAAAAGUGGUUGGACCUGAUAUUGGUUGUGAUUUUCAAUAUCCGAGUCUGCCUCAUGUAUGUUCCUUUAAUGGGAUUUAAAACCUUCAUGAUAUACUACUGGCUGUCCAGGUACCUUGAGAGUAACUGGUUUAUUUGGGUGUCCCAGAUGAACCACAUCCCAAUGGACAUUGAUUAUGACCAGAACAAAGACUGGGUGUCUACUCAGCUCCACGCAACCUGCAACGUGAACCAGUCUAUGUUCAAUGACUGGUUCACUGGGCACCUGAACUUCCAAAUUGAGCAUCACCUGUUCCCCACAAUGCCUCGGCACAACUACUGCAAAGUGGCUCCCCUGGUGAAAAGCCUCUGUGACAAGCACGGCAUUGAGUACAAAAGCAAGACUUUGCUGACAGCCUUUGUAGAUAUUUUGCAUUCCCUGAAGGAUUCUGGGGAGCACUGGCUGGAAGCAUAUCUGCAUGGAUAGAAACUGGCAACUCUUCAAUGGAAUCCCUUCACCCACAAAUGCUGCCAAAAGCCAGGACACAUCCCUGUGCAUGUCCUCAAGCAUGGGAACUCAGGAGCUGGGCAAAGUUAAUUUCAGUAAGAAUGAAAUGGGAAAGUGGCUUCAAGAUACAUUUUUACCUUGUUUCCAACCAUGAAUCUCUGUUUUUUCCUGCUCUCAAUCUCAGAAUUCAGAGAUGGGCUUUUAAACUUGGGGAGAAGUAGCUCUUGAAUCAGCUUGACCAGUUUGACUUUAUUGGAAGUGCCAGCUCCUUGCUUAUGGAAGAAGUUUGAAAGGAAAUUCUUCUCCGAGUCAUAGAAUCCUGGAAUGGUUUGGGUUGGAGGGGACCUUAAAGAUCAUCUUGCUCCACCCCCUGCCAUGGGCUGGGACACCUGCCACCAGACCAGGUUGCUCCAAGCCUUGUCCCUGGCCUUGAGCAGUUCCAGGGAUGAGACAUCCACAGCAUCCCUGGGAAACCUGCUCCAGUGCCUCACAAUAAAGAAUUUCUUCCUAAUAUCCAAUCUCCACUCACUCUCUGUCAAUUCAAAGCUGUUGUCCCUACAAGUCCUGAUAAAGACUGUCCAUCUUUCUAACAAGCCUCUUUCAGUACUAAGGUCUCCUUUGUGUUCUUGGCUCAGUGGAUCAGUGAAAAAAUGCAGGAGAAGUGCAGGAAGUCAGGAGGCAUUAGGCCAGAGGGAUUUUUUUUUUUUUUUUAAUUUUCUUGAACAGAUCAAAUAGAUGUACAAAGAACAAGGUGGCCUCUGAGGCGUGUCCCCAUUGCUUCUGGUCACCUUGCUGUGACUGUUAAGGGUUCUAACAGGUUCUGUUCCUGGAUUGCAUGGGCAGGCAGAUCAGCUGGGGGCUGCUGACACCUACAGUAGCCAGUGUGAACACAGUUUGUAUGGCAUAUGUGGUAUCUGAAGGCAAAAAUACAUGUCUGAGUUCUGAGUGCUGACUGUGCUGUCAGAUUGGAUUUCUGGUGCAGACCAGCUUUGAAUCAGGCUGAGAAGACAAAGCACUGAGGAGUAGGUCCAGAUUUCAAGGGUAUUUAAGGUACUCCUGCUUUUAUAUAUAUAUAUUUCAUUUUAUCUAAAAGUUUACCUCUUGGUCGCUUAGUACAAUUAGUUUUAUGAGAGAAUUAUGAAUAAAGUUCUUGGUCAUGAUUUUUAGAUUGAAGUCAUAGCCUGUUUUAGAAGGAGCUCUGAUUUAUCCUGAUGAUUUUGAAAAGGAAUUAUGAUUCAAUGACAUUUCCUAAUGCCACUUAGAGCAAAUAUAUUCCAUUAUGGGACUGUCAGAACCCAUGUAGUACUGUACCCACCUCACUGACCCAAAACUAGAAAGGUUUUUGUGGCAAGAACCUGUAAUUGCAAAUAAAGAGAUAAUUUGCCCAUAAAAGCAAAGGCCACAUGGUUCCUCUCCUCUGCCUUCAUACCCAGAACUUUCAGUGAGUAAAUCACCCACAGGAGGAAGAUGUGGGAGAUUUAAAAGCAGCUCACCUGUGUUGCAAUUUUCAGACACCAACACCCCUCUCCUGGCUAACAAGAUCAAACCCAGCAAACAAAGCAGAAGGAGUUUGGAGUUUUUAUUUUUGCCUUUGUUUUUUUCCAGAACAUCUCUGUUUCUUCUUUUUUAGUUAUAUUUUUGUGUGCAGGUGCAGGUACAAAUAACACUGCUCUGGAUAGACCAUGAGAAUGGCUGACAGAUGUCUUUGAAAAGGGUCCUGUUUAAAAAAAGUAGUUGUUAAAAAGUGUUUAAAAUGUAGUUUGGAAAUCCCUGCUAACUGGUCCUUACAGCAAUUAAGUGUUCCCAAGUGCAGGGCUGGUUAUUAUGGUGAUAUCCAUAAUUAUUUCCAAAAGCAGAAAAAUUAUAUAAUUAUUUAAGGGAUAAUACUGUCUUAAAAUGAAUGCAGGGAUAUCAUGGUGCUACAUAAAGACAUUUUAAAAUUGCUGUCCUGCUGAAAGGAAUAUAAAUAUUAAGGAUUCCUCCUUUUUUUUUUACCAGUGAGACUUGAAAGCUGUGCUGAUCCUGUGAAAUCGAUACAAGGCUGAAUCAAAAGGGUUCUUUGUGGUGUCAGUCUCAUAAAUUAAACUGAUCACUUGUACUGUUUAA